AUGGCGGACACCGCUGAAGAGCCCUUAAUGGGCCGUUCCACUGACAACUACGAGGGAGACGCGGAGGACGUGGAUCUCAGCAGUGUCUCGUUGCUGCUCGAGAAGAACCUCAAGAAUCCGGGGAUCUUCGUAUGGUUAUUAACGUUUUCCGCGGGGAUUAGUGGGUUAUUAUUUGGGUAUGAUACGGGCGUGAUUUCCGCAACGCUGGUCUCGAUCAACAGUUCCCUCGGACACCCGUUGUCGACACUCGAUAAAUCGCUCAUCACGUCCGCUACUGCUCUCUUCGCCUUACUCGUUUCGCCUGUCUCCGGUAUACUGGCCGAUACACUUGGGAGAAAGAAAGUCAUACUGCUGGCGGACGUGGCGUUUAUACUGGGAGCUGUACUACAAGCUAUCACUACAUCUGUAGGGGGCAUGAUAGCAGGCCGCGCCAUCGUCGGUAUUGCAGUUGGAGCAGGCAGUUUUGUCACACCGUUAUAUAUCGCUGAAAUUUCGCCGGCGCCGUUCAGAGGGCGCAUGUUGGUGCUUAAUAUCUUAUUUGUUACGUUUGGGCAGGUUAUUGCUUAUAUUGUCGGCUGGGCAUUUGUGCAGUGGGGAAAUGAGGCUACGGGGUAUAAGUGGAUUCUUGGGCUUGGAGCUGUACCCGCCGCGGGGCAGAUGCUGGUUAUGCUUGUUAUGCCUGAGACGCCCCGGUGGCUUGCUCAGGUUGGGCGGCGGGAUGAGGCGAGGAGGGUACUAAACAAGGUAUUCGGGGCUGGGGUUGAUGUUCAGCGGAUGGUGGAUGGGGUGCUGAAGGGGAUCGAGAGUGAAGUUCGGGAGGAGGAUGAGGCGAAGAGGACGAGAAUGAAGGCACAGAAGCAGAAAGGGGCUGCGAGUUGGGUCACGGACUCCAAGGAUAUCUGGACAGAGCUUUUUCGAGUCCCUGGGAAUCGGAGGGCCUUGACAAUCGCCUGUUUGCUGCAAGGGCUCCAGCAGCUUUGUGGUUUCAAUUCUCUGAUGUACUUUUCGGCUACCAUAUUCACUAUGCUGGGAUUCUCGAGCCCGACAUUAACAUCGCUCUCCGUAGCAGUCACGAACUUUAUCAUGACUUGCAUAGCAUUGGGGCUUAUCGACCGUGUUGGUCGAAGACGAAUCCUUCUCUGGUCCGUCCCAAUCAUGGCCAUUGGCCUCUUAUUCUGCGCCACCGGCUUCAUUUUCAUCAGAAUGCCUGCGGAUCUCAACUCAGAGGCCCCCUCCUCGUCAGCCUCUGCAAGGGACGAAAUUCCCCUAUCCGAACGCACAGCACCCUUACUCGUACUAGUCAGCAUCAUGAUCUACGUCGGUUCCUAUGCCCUGGGACUCGGGAACGUUCCCUGGAUGCAAAGCGAGCUCUUUCCCUUAAACGUGCGCUCCUUGGGCUCGGGAUUAAGUACGAGUACUAAUUGGGGAGCCAACUUCAUUGUCGGGCUGACCUUUUUGCCUAUGAUGGAGUUCCUGACUCCACCUUGGACAUUCGUUGUAUACGCUGGCGUUUGCAUUGUGGGCUGGCUAUUUAUCUGGCGCAUUUAUCCCGAGACUAAAGGGUUGAGUCUAGAAGAAGUUGGCGAGUUGCUUGCGAAUGGUUGGGGGGUGAAGGAAAGCUUAAGGAGGCCUGAGGUCGAGGAGUGA